UUGUACAUUUUCUGUUAAAGAUAUGAAUAACCAACUAUUGGCUCAGGGCGCCGCCAUUGCUGUUGUUAGCUUUUUAUCCGGCAUUUACUUGGGCCAUUCACUCUUUGCAAACGUAAACUUUUCUCUCCACCAGAAAAUAACACCCAUUUACUCUUAACGCAACCACCCCAGCCCAGCGAGGGACUGACACGUUUUCCCCUACCCUUUCUCUGUGAUUUAGAACCCGGGAACAUCGCGAUCCGACCCAAAACAGAAUGACAGCGACAUUGAAGACGAAGAGGAAUUGGACGAAUUACCUGAAGGCAAAAUAGAUGCAGCAAAGUAUAACGAUUACAAAAUGGUACUUGUAGUGCGCACAGACCUUGGUAUGACGAAGGGCAAAGUUGCCGCACAGUGCGGUCACGCCACAUUGGCUUGCUACAAGGCUGCUUCCAAAAGCAAUCCAGAGGUGCUUCAAACUUGGGAACGUACAGGUCAAGCCAAGGUUGCAUUAAAGAUUGAUAGUGAAGAAAAACUACUCGAACUUCAAGCAAUUGCACUUAGCUUGAACUUAACAGCACAAAGUAUAUGCGAUGCAGGUCGAACACAGAUUGCUGCGGGAUCACGGACAGUCCUUGGCAUUGGACCUGGUCCAGUAGAACUUAUCAACAGUGUCACGGGUCACUUGAAGCUUUUAUAAUCAAAUCAUGUUGCAUAUAUCAUAAACCUUACGACGAUGAAUGCUUGAUAGAAAAGAAAUAAACAUGAAAACUCGCUGGUUAUUACUGGGUUUAAAAGAA